UCAUCUCAUUGAAUCAUGUUGAUCUACAGCAGGGUCGUGACCUCUUUAUGUCUCAUUUACACUUUGACUUCAGCCGUAGAAGAAAGCACAAACUUCACAGAUGCUGCUGCAGAGACUUCUAUCUCUAAUCAUGUGAAGACACCACAGCAGGUCAAAUCCAGUUUCCAUGUGUAUCUUGAGGGAGACGUGUUUGAAGAAACCUGCGCUGUGGUUCCGUUCAGAUCUGAAACCCUGGACAGAUGCAGCUACAACAGAAGUGAUUCGCUGGUGCUGAUCAUACACGGAUGGACGAUGAAUGGGAUCAUGCAACAGUGGAUCUUCGGGUUGGCUUCCGCUCUGAAGAUCAGGAUCGGUCAGGUCAAUGUGCUCAUCAGUGAUUGGAGGAAUCUGGCCCUGCAGCCUUAUCCAAUCGCGGCCAAGAACAGCCGUCAGGUGGGACAGGAUGUGGCCGCGCUGCUCAAGUGGCUGGAGGAAGCUGUCCAGCUCUCCAUGGAUAAAGUGCAUCUGAUCGGCUACAGUCUGGGCGCACAUGUGGCUGGAUUUGCAGGAAGUCACUUCAGAGGCUCCAGGAGAGUCGGCCGUAUCACUGGUCUGGAUCCCGCCGGGCCACAGUUUGAGGGUCUCCCUGCGUCUGACAGAUUGUCUCCUGAUGAUGCGCGGUUUGUGGACGCCAUUCACACGUUUGCCAUGAACAGUAUGAUGCUGGGAGUGGGAAUAAAACAAACGGUCGCUCACGUGGAUUUCUAUCCAAACGGCGGCUCGUUUCAGCCCGGCUGCAAGAUGCUCGACAUCUACAAUAAUGUUUAUCAGUACGGACUGCAAGGUGUACCCAAGACGAUUAAAUGUCCCCAUGAACGCGCAGUCAAACUCUUCACUGACUCUCUGCUCAACACCAGCCAGCCCAUAAUAGGCUACCGUUGCCGAGACGACAGUACCUUCAAAAAAGGCCUGUGUCUGGACUGCAAACAGAAGCGCUGUAACACGCUAGGCUACGAUGUCAGACACGUGCGCGCGGGAAAGAAAGCUAAAGGCCUGUACUUGAGAACCGGUCCAGAUACUCCUUAUAAAGUGUUUCAUUACCAGCUGAGAGUUCUGCUGCUGAAUGUGAUCGAACCCGUCGAGGCUUCUGUGACCGUUUCACUUAACGGAACCAGAGGAGAGCGCACACACUUACCCACAGUACUGUAUCAGGAGAGCGCAGGUGAGAAGAGCUUCACGUCUCUCAUCACAGUGGACACUGAUGUGGGUCACCUGACCUCCAUCACACUGGUCUGGAGGGGAGAACUGGUCUGGUCCAGCUGGUUGAGACGGGUCAGAAACAUCAUGAGCUGGACCGGACCGGAUCACAGUCUGGAACUGAGCGUGUGGAGAAUCCGGAUCAAAUCAGGAGAGACUCAAGAGAAGUGAGUGCACAUGGAUUAC